CGCCCCCACGGAACCGGAAGUGAGCGGGCGCUGGGAGCGGUGGGGCGCGGCGGGAUCCUGGCGGACCUGGCUGGCUCGGUGUUUGUCGCAGAUGCCAGCACAUUUCUCCCUGGAUUCCUUGGAUUCGGAUAGACUGUGAACUGCCCCUUGCAGCACAAAAGGAAGAUGUGGAAAGCUUCUGCAGGCCACGCUGUGUCUAUCACCCAGGACGAUGGGGGAGCCGAUGACUGGGAGACUGACCCUGAUUUUGUGAACGACGUGAGUGAAAAGGAGCAAAGAUGGGGCGCCAAAACGGUGCAGGGAUCGGGGCACCAGGAACACAUCAACAUCCACAAGCUGCGAGAGAAUGUCUUUCAAGAGCACCAGACCCUCAAGGAGAAGGAGCUGGAAACAGGACCCAAGGCUUCCCAUGGCUAUGGAGGGAAGUUCGGCGUGGAGCAGGAUAGGAUGGACAAAUCAGCCGUUGGCCACGAGUACCAGUCAAAACUUUCCAAGCAUUGCUCACAGGUGGACUCAGUCCGAGGCUUUGGAGGCAAGUUUGGUGUCCAGAUGGACAGGGUGGAUCAGUCUGCUGUAGGCUUUGAGUACCAAGGGAAGACGGAAAAGCACGCCUCCCAGAAAGACUACUCUAGCGGCUUUGGUGGCAAAUACGGUGUGCAGGCUGACCGUGUGGACAAGAGCGCCGUGGGUUUCGACUACCAGGGCAAGACGGAGAAGCAUGAGUCCCAGAAAGAUUAUUCCAAAGGUUUUGGUGGCAAAUAUGGAAUCGACAAGGAUAAGGUGGACAAAAGCGCUGUGGGCUUUGAGUAUCAAGGCAAAACAGAGAAGCAUGAGUCCCAGAAAGACUAUGUGAAAGGGUUUGGAGGAAAAUUUGGUGUGCAGACAGACAGACAAGACAAGUGUGCCCUUGGCUGGGACCAUCAGGAGAAGCUGCAGCUGCAUGAAUCCCAAAAAGACUAUAAGACUGGGUUCGGAGGCAAAUUUGGUGUUCAGUCCGAGAGGCAGGACUCCUCCGCUGUGGGGUUUGAUUACAAGGAGAGAUUGGCCAAGCACGAGUCCCAGCAAGACUACGCCAAAGGAUUCGGCGGGAAAUAUGGGGUACAGAAGGAUCGGAUGGACAAGAAUGCAUCUACCUUUGAAGACGUGGCCCAGGUGCCUUCUGCAUACCAGAAGACUGUCCCCAUUGAGGCUGUGACCAGCAAAACCAGUGAUAUCCGAGCUAACUUUGAAAACCUGGCAAAGGAGAGAGAGCAGGAGGACAGGCGGAAGGCGGAAGCGGAGAGAGCUCAGCGGAUGGCCAAGGAAAGGCAGGAGCAGGAGGAGGCUCGGAGGAAGCUGGAAGAGCAAGCCAGAGCCAAGACGCAGACGCCCCCUGCAUCCCCUAGUCUUCAGCCAGCUGAAGACCAACCACCCUCCAGCCCCAUCUAUGAGGAUGCAGCACCGUUUAAGGCGGAAACAAGUUACCGAAGUUCUGAGCCUGAGCCUGUGUACAGCACCGAGGCUGCAGGUGUCCCUGAAGCCAGCAGCCAGCAAAGCCUAGUCUACACCUCAGAACCUGUCUAUGAGACCACAGAGGCCUCUGGCCACUACCAAGCGGAGGAUGACACCUACGAUGGAUAUGAGAGUGACCUGGGCAUCACUGCUAUCGCCCUGUAUGACUACCAAGCUGCUGGCGAUGAUGAGAUCUCCUUUGACCCUGAUGACAUCAUCACCAACAUAGAAAUGAUUGACGAUGGCUGGUGGCGUGGGGUGUGCAAGGGCAGAUACGGGCUCUUCCCAGCCAACUACGUGGAGCUGCGGCAGUAGGGCGGCACCAGUGCCACCAGCACCAGCACGGGGCUCACGCUACAGAUCGUCUGCGUGGGUUUGACUUAGAUUCUGUUUUGUUUUGUUUUUUCUUCUUCCGAAGGUGGGGAGGGGAAUAUACAUAUUGCCUUUAUAUUUAAUACUUCUGCUGAUGCUUCAGGCCGUGUCCUGCCACAGAAUUUGCUAAUAUCUGAUAAUCAUGUUCAUAGAGAACUUGGGAUGAUGACUUUGAGCCAUCCCAGGUGUUUACUUUCCUGCCAAGUUGACUGUGGUAUGUUAGCCACCUCAGGAUCUCUGCUCCUCCUGAGGUUGGUGGUAUAUGUGGCCUCAAACCUCCACCCCCCGUGGCAGUUGGGGUCCCCAAGGAUGGAACCUGCUCCUGGAGUGACUGCCCAGUGAGGGGACUCCCUGGGGUCCAGUGUUUGGAUGAAAGGAAAGGGGGACCAAGGGAAAGUGAGGUGGUGGUGGAGGGGAAUGCUGGGAGUCCUGGAGCAUUGACACUACGUGCAAAGUUCCCUCUGCCAGGUUCCCAAGCUUUCGGUACUCUGCCUCCUCCUCCCAUCUCUUUACCUCCCUAUACCCCAGUCCGGGUCCAACCUCGCCUCCUGCCCUGCCUUGAAGUGUUAUCUUCUGUCUGCAUUCAGGGCCCAUAGCACAAAGCGCAUCUUAGCAAUGUGCUCCAGCUAUCCUGGGCUUGGCCUGCAACAUGGGAGGGUGGGGUGCGUCCUGGACCUACUCACAAGCCCUGAGCAGUCUGGAAUGUGCUGUGUAUGGCACAUACACAGGCAGAUACUUUUCCCUGCAGGCUUUCAGAAGCAUGCUCCCUGCAGGGUGGCUGUGUUCUUUUUGCCAAAUAUCAUGUUCAAUUGCAGUCGGUUGAUUGAUGUGGCUGCAAACAGGACUGUGAGGGAGCCGAGGCUCCCACCUGGGUGCCUGCCACAGACUCCUUGAGCAACUGUCCCUAAGGUGGUUUCAAGGCUCUGAGACACCAGGUUGCGCAGUAGCAGUCGGGCAGACAGCAUGUCCCUUGUAGGCGAGUCCCCACGAUUGAGAUACAUGAGGAUUGAUACCCAUCUUUUCCCAUGUUCUUUCCUGCAGAACCCUUGCCUUUCCAUUGUUAGGUCGGGUUUUCUAUAUGAAUUAUCAUCUGGAAUUCUGUAGCACACCUCAUAGGUAUCAAUUUUUUUAAAUUAAAUUUCAGAAUAAACUUUUUUUGAUCCGUU